CAAAGGGGCGUAGCAUUUUCAUGAAUUUUUUCAGUGGGCAAGAAAACUUCCUCAAAAGCCUGCUGGUCAUAGAGGAACAAUUCACAAUAAAGCAUACUCAGUCAUAGAGUAAACUUCCAUUGGACAGCUGACAUGAUGUCUGGAGGAGAGGUGGUCUACACAGUGCUGGAGGUGCUGAUCGCCAUUGCCUGCUGCCUGGGAAAUGUGCUGGUUAUCUGGGCAGUGUGGUCAAGCAGUGCUCUGCGGCAGCCCAUCUUCUGCUUUAUGGUUUCUCUGGCUGUGGCUGACUUCCUCGUAGGGUCUGUGGCCAUGCCGCUGGCUGUACUGGUGGAUGGACGGGUGCAGACCUCGUUCAAUGUCUGUCUCUUCAUUAGCUGUGUGGUCAUCAUGUUGACAGUGGCCUCAGUCUUGUCACUGCUAGCCAUUGCUGUGGACCGAUACCUACGCGUCUUCAUCCCUCUCAGCUACAAGAAGACGGUAACAGAGAGAAGAUCUUGGGUGGUAGUAGCAACAUGUUGGUUUGUUGCUUUUAUAUUGAGCUUCCCUCCCAUGUUUGGAUGGUACAAUCGUGAAACGUUGUCUCACUCAGAGAACUCGACCGCAAUCCUCUGCCAUUUCCUGGCUGUGAUCCCCAUGUCAUACAUUGUUUACUUCAAUUUCUUCCUCUGCAUCCUCACCCCGUUAAUUGUCAUGGCUGCCCUGUACAUCUACAUCUUCUGUACCAUCUGGAGGAACCUGAGGGAGAAAGCAGGGCACGGGGCCCAGUCCCACACCUACUUCAGGAAGGAGAGGAGCCUGGCCCAAUCCCUGGCUCUGGUCCUGGUGCUGUUCGCCUUCUGCUGGCUCCCCCUGCAUAUUAUGAACUGUGCUGCCUACUUUGGCAGCCCGUCAGACAUACCCCAUACCGCCUUCUAUGUGGGCAUCCUCCUUUCCCAUGCCAAUUCAGCGAUCAACCCAGUCGUCUAUGCCUUCAAGAUCCGCAGGAUCCAGGGAGCGUACCUGAGGAUCUGGAGGAGGUUCUUUGUGUGUCGCGAUGACAACCAGGGCUCUCAGAGCAAUCGUUCCACUGAGCACAAUAUCAGCAGCAACCCUAACAAUGUCAGCAAGGGAUAGUCAACGAUGCGCUAAACGCUAAUCCCACAGAUUUAUUCUCUGAUACUUUGAAAAAGACAAUUCCAGGGAUGCAGAUCAGAUAAAGUGGUCUACAUCAUUAAUAUCAUGACGAGCAUGAUCUUAUCAUCAAAACCAUACUCACAUUAUAUUUGGAUUCUCUACGAAAAACCUUAGCUGACAAAAUGGUUAUUUUUACGUUUUCACUUCCGUUUUCAUUGAUUUGAUCAAACAUUAUACAGCCGACCACAUGUUGGAUUUGUCUCGUCUCCGUGCUUUGAAUGGCACAAGCUGUCUGCGAUGGAUGGUAGAGUUAUUACAAUCCAUGCUCGAUUUUCGUUGUUUUAAAUCAGACCUCCUGAAAAGGUAGAAAUAUAAGAAAGGGAUCAAUAAAUGUGCGUGAGUUUGUCUGAUUUGGAAACAGAUAAUACCAAACAAACGGGCUGCUCCAUCUUGUGUCGAUAGGUAGCCUAUAUUCUUUGCCAGUGUGAGACAGAGAGGGGGCUAGUGAAAUUUGUGUGUGCAGUGCCACGGAAAUUCAGCAGGUUGUUGAUUUGUUGAUACAUUUAAACAGUAUAUGACAAGUCAUCAUGUACUAUCAUCACCCUCUGUUUGUAACAGACCGGUAGAAAAUGAAUGGCAGCGGACGGGGUUAAGCUAGCAAUGUUAACUUCUAUGCAUUUCCCUAACCCUUACCUUAACAUCACAAAAUGAUGCUUCACCUUAAUGGCGAAACCGACAUGUCCGUUUGCGAUAUUACUCGAAUAAACAACAUGAGCUGGCGCACACCCAGAGACAAUUAUUUUAUGUAGAGUUGUUGAAUAAACUAUAAACUAAAACUGUGAAUAAACUGUAAGCUAUAAAAACAAAGAGAGUCGCACACUCUAUAUAAACUCCCGGUAAUUUAUUGGGUAAAUCAUCAAACGUUACGGAAUCACUACCCUGAAGAAGGCACAGUGGAUGCCGAAACGUUUGUGAUUUACCCAAUAAAUUACUGGGAGUUUAUAUAUAGAGUGUGCGACUCUCUUUAUUAUAUAUAUUUUUAUAUAGCUUAUCGCUUGCUAUAUUACAACAACAAAAAGGUUACUUAAAAAAAAAACAUUCUCCCUCUGACAUCAUUGCACGUGCGAUAGAACAUCAGCGUACGUACUGCAUGUUUUUACCACGAUGCUGGACGCUCCUCUCUGUUUCCCCCCAACAAAACAAAAACAAUAACACACAUGCAGAUUCCAGCUUUAAUUAACCGUAGCCCUUUCCUGCAGUCAAAUGACCUAAUGGCCUCAUGGGUGGAAUGUUCUAUUUUUUCAUUAAUGAACAUGAUUCUUUUUGAUAAUCUGAUGUUUCUAUGUCAAACAGUUUUGCUAUAUUUCAGUCUUCUAUAAUGUAUAUAAAGUGUAAUAUUGGGAUGCAAACUCAAAAAUGGAAUACAUUUCAACUCUAAAAAAACACCUGUACCAUGUCAGAUAUUAGGUGUUUUUUUUAAACCAUGUCUGUGAGGUGUUUAUUAUUGUUCCAAAGUAGAUUUGUUUAAGACUACCAAGAAACACUGUGUGAACCAGAUUUAGCCCACAGCAGUAAAAGUGAAAGGGAUAGUACACCCAAAUGAAAAAAAUAAUAUAUUGGUUUUCUUUACCCGGUAAACAUUCUAUGUACAAGAAAUGACAGCAAUCCGUUUUUGUGUUUGUUAGGUGUUAAGCCUGUGUCGAAAUGUUUUCAAAACUGUAACGUUUACACUAAUUCUGAUCAUUACAUCGUGGAAUAUACAUUAUAUAGUUAGGGCCUGACCUCCAGGGGAUCCCCAUUGAUUUUGUUAGUCAUUCUCACUCAGAUAUCAUAUUAACAUGGCAUAAGUCAUUACAAAAUAAAGAACAUAUGUAGAGUUGCAUAAAAUGUGUUUUAAAACUGCACACGUCUUUCCUCCCGUGGCAAAAUGGGUAGAAUUUCAGAAAAUUAUAGGCAUUUUAAUGUUAUAGAUUUAGCCGGUGGUAACUUGAGGAAUAGACACCGGCUGGAAUGCGGUUUUAACCAAUCACCAUUCAGGAUGAGACCCACCCGUUGUACAGUAUAACUGUUAUAGGUCCGUAUUUUAUUUUAGCAUUGUUCAACGGUGUUGGCAUUACACUGCAAAUUGCAUGUCUCGUGAAUGAAACUGAAGGAGAGGAUGAAAAGCUUGCAAGUUUCAUUUCAAUGUUGCAUUUCCUGGGUCUAAAUGCCAGUUCCUCAAAAUGUAUUGUAUCAAAUAGUUUGUCUAUUUCUUAUAAUUGUUACCUUCUAUACAGAGGUAUCCCAGGAUUUGGAGAUAAGAUGUACUAUCUUACAGUUAUCCAAUAAAGAAACCCUUCUCUAAUGAA